AGAGAGCGAGCCAGUUAGCAGCAUGGCGGGAGAGAGGCUCGUCCGCUUCUUCCGAAAUAGCCUGCGGAGGAGAUCGUCUAGGAGAGAUGACUCCCAGGAUGCAAAUCCUACAGAAAGCAAAUCUGGUGUUGAUGCAAGGGUGGGACAGAGAAGUAGUUUUUCUUACUCAGCUGGACACCCAUUUUUUGAAUACUUGGUUGUGGUCUCACUUAAAAAGGACACAAAGGGAAAUUAUGAGCCCAAGAUUACCUAUCAGUUUCCAAAGCGUGAAAAUCUGCUGAGAGGACAGCGUGAAGAAGAGGAAAGGUUGCUUCAGGCCAUUCCCUUGUUCUGCUUCCCAGAUGGUAAUGAAUGGGCACCCCUCACAGACUACAAGAGCGAAACAUUUUCUUUUGUCCUUACCAAUAUUGAUGGGAGUAGGAAAAUUGGCUACUGCAGGAGACUGUUGCCUUCUGGACGAGAUGCUCGUCUCCCUGAAGUUUACUGCAUUGUAAGCUGCCUUGGUUGUUUUGGACUAUUUUCAAAGAUUUUGGACGAAGUAGAGAAGAGACGACAGAUUUCUGCAGCAGUCGUCUACCCCUUUAUGCAAGGUCUACGUGAAUCUCCCUUUCCAGCACCAGGAAGAACUGUCACCAUUAAAAGCUUCAUCCCUGAGUCUGGGACAGAACAAAUUGAGCUGACCCGGCCAUUGGAUUCUCACCUGGAGCAUGUGGAAUUUCAGGCCCUUCUACAGUGCCUCAGUCCUGAGAAGAUACUUCUGGUAUUUGCCUCUGUAGUUCUGGAGCGACGGAUAGUCUUCCUGGCUGAUGAGCUCAGCUCCCUCUCCACGUGCAUUCACUCAGCUGCUGCUCUUCUUUACCCAUUUACUUGGGCCCAUACAUACAUCCCGGUGGUUCCAGAGAAGCUUCUCAGCACAGUCUGCUGUCCCACACCAUUUAUGGUUGGGAUCCAAAAGCGCUACCUGGCAGAGGUUCUGGAUCAACCUAUGGAUGAGGUGUUGCUUGUAGAUCUUUCGCAAGGAGUGUUCUUAAAAAUGGUCGGAGAUGAAGAGAAGAUUUUGCCACCCAAGCUAAAGAGUGAGAUGUUAUACUCUUUGCCCACAAUGAACAACAACAUCCAGACAUCUGAGGAAUUCAAUGCACAUGUCUCGGACACCUUUAUACAGUUCUUUGUGAAGAUGAUCGGUCACUAUCCAGCCCAUAUCAAAUGGAGCAGAAACGGCAAGGGCAACUUCCAGGAACAAUCAUUUUGCAAGGCUCUCACUUCCAAGACCAACCGCAGAUUUGUGAAAAAAUUUGUGAAGACUCAAAUGUUCUCAUUAUUUAUUCAAGAAGCAGAAAAAAGCAGGAAGUGCAUAGAAGGAUAUUUUCAGCAGAAAAUAAAUGAAUAUCAAGACCAAAAGAAGUACAGGAGACUCUCCUGAAUCUGUGCUUUAGAGGAGAAGAUUGCUUGCUAGCAGAUAGGCAGGCCUGCAACUAAUCAUCUGCAUGGAUCAGGCCCAUAGAUGAAAGAUACCUUUGGUAUUGUUGGCUGUCAUGGAAGUACCUGUGCUUCGUAUGUGAACCAUGAAGAGUCAUGGGGAGCCUUGGGCACUGUUUUCUACAUUUUCUUUUUUCUUAUGGCUGGCAUUACAAGCUGCUCUUUAUUUGCCUGAAAUUUUGUAGCCCAACUGACAAUCAGACAAAGCUGCAGUUCCACAAACUGAAUGAGCAAACAAUCCUAUCUUGAUGAAAAUAGGAUUCUACAUUUUUUGGAAACUUUGCCAGAUACAGCAGACAAUGCAUAUGACAGAGAAUGUAGGGGAAAGAGUGAGACAAUUGCAUUCAUUGGAAACAUUUUUAUUGUCAUUAAACUGGUUUCCAGUCCAAAGACUUUAUGCUGAACAUUUGUACUUGAUGGGAUUAUAGAAUGGAUGUUAGAUUUCUGUAUGCAUUCUAUACUAUGCUAUAUUCUAAGCAGCAGUGCUUGUCACACAAUUUAUCACAUGAAAUUUCUCUUACUGAGCAGUCUAAAGGAGGGAGGUAGAACAACAUGUAAUUAAAGAAUGAGUUGAAGAGAAUAGGAAGAAACAGAAAAGCAAACAUAUUCUCAGUGACCAUAUCAACUUAGUAAAGGAGGUUGUAGUCCGACUGUCCAUCUAGUUGAACCCAUUCCACCACCAUAAAAUACUAGCAAUGAAUUCGGAGUAACACGCAUGCUUGCACUGGACAUUAUGGUUCCAGUAGAACAAUAGAUCCAUAGGAUGCUAUCAUUGAGGGACUGUUGGUAUUCCUGCACCUCUAUAGCAAUAUAGUAUUGUGGUUAGAACAAGAAAUUGCUGGUGAACUGCUGUUAAUUAGACAUAUUUGAAAGUUCCUAUUUUAAUGAAAUUCUUAGGGACCUAAAUCUUGGUGAAUUUCCAGGACUAAUUUGGAAAAUAUUGAUUAAACUAUCAUUUAGCCAGGAAAAAAAAAUCAAUUUCCUACAUCCAGUGUUCAUUCCCAGGAUGGGUGACUAUCUUGUGGUUCCCCAUAUUUUCAGUGAGUUCGACAAUCUCAUUGUUAGCUAGAUGAGUUACGAUUAGGCUGGUAACUGAAGCUUAACACAGGUGAAUGGCAGCAGGUUGCCGGUUUUUAGUUUAUAUAUAAGCUCUUCUUUCUAUAGUUUCAGUAUCCAGUAUCUUCCUCUAAUGUUACAAAUAAGAAUAUAGACACUGAGUAGGAUGGUUCCAAUAUAAGGGCAUAAUUCUGUGAUCCCUAUGAGAGUACCUCAGGAGUUGUAGGAUUUUGCACAUCUUUUCCAAAGAUAGAAAGGUUGUCUUUUAAAGCCUUUACUUUGCUCUCCCCAAAAUAUUUUGUGGCCAUGCUUAAAAAGAGAAUGCAAAUAAGGAGUAGUCUGGAGAAGACUGGAUUGACCAAAUCUACUAUCUUCCCAUUUACCCAACAUGCUCUGCCCCAAGAAUAAGAACAGAAGUGCCCUAUCUUUACAAGAGCUAGAAAAUAAGAAAGGAAAAAACUAUGCCAUGGGGAAGGGAGACGAGGUGUCCUUUUUGCGUAAGUCCAGCAGAGUUUAGGAUCUGAGAAUGUGAUGGCUUCUCCCUGCUUGGUAGAUGUGUUUCACCACAUAGUUAAGUUUGUAUCCCAAUUAUUUCAAUCUUGAGUUCAACUAAUGUGAUAUAUACAAGAUAUACAUACAAUUAAAAAGAUAAAAAAAUAUUAAAAAAUAAAAGAAUAAAAACAAAAAAUAGACA